AUGCCAAUACUGACAUUAAUUAUUGCAAAACUGAUUAAAAUAUCACGAAAUAUUGAACCAUUUGGAUCAAAUGAUAAUGUACCAACUGUUGGUAGUGACCCUCAUUGGCCAGCUGCUGCUAAUUUAAAGUAG